AUGGCCGCCCACCGCGAUGAGCACCUCCCACCACCCCUCACCCUAAUCUACCCGCCCCUCCUCAACUCGGCCAACCCCUGGGCGACGACGCUUGAGGAUCUAAAAGGGCUGUUCGGCUGUCCCCACACCGGCGCCGUCACGACGCGGACGGCGCUGCUGGACGAGGGGUUCGCGCAUGAUGACUUGGUGCAUCAGUAUGCGUUCUUUGAUGUUGGUACGCAUGUUUCUGGGGGGUUUGGGUCGGGGGGUGGUGGCGGGGAUGGGGAUGGGGGUGGUGAUGCGGGCGUGAAGGAGAAGGAUAGUGUGCAUGCGAAGCGGAACGAGAACGCGAACGCGAGUCUGAAUACCCUCGGCUAUAGCCCCAUCCCGCUGGACUCGUAUCUGGACUUUAUCGGUACUAUCUCCGAUGCCCUCACAUCGGAGUCUGAUCCAGAUUCUGCGAUGGAGCAGAAGAAUAAGAAGAUGAAUAAGAAGAAGGGAGAGAAGGAGGGGGAGAAGAAAAGAAAACCCUUCAUCAUCUCCGUCACUGGCGACCCGGCCGAGGUCGCCGAGUGCUACCGCCGCAUCGCGCGGCGCCAGCGCGCGGUGCGCGUGCCGCUCGCUAUGGAGGUUAAUCUGAGCUGUCCGAAUAUCCCGGGGAAGCCGCCGCCGGCUUAUGAGGGGGUGGCGCUGGGGUUGUAUUUGAGGGCGGUUUGUGAGGCUGUGGGGGGAAGGGGAGAUGGGGGAGGGGAAGGGGAUGGAGGUGGAGGUGGAAGAGAAAAGGCGGUUCGGAUACCCUGGGGACUGAAGACACCGCCGUACACGCACGCCGGACAGUUCGAGAGGCUGGCCUCUGCGCUGCGGGAGGCUGGCUCUUAUUACUCUGGAUCGAGAUCUACGUCUGGGGAUAGCGACGGGGCUGGAGCACCUUGUCCCGUCAGUUUCAUCACGGCCACGAAUACGCUUGGCUCCUGCCUCCUCCUCGCCGAUCCCAGCCCCGACCCCCAUCAACAGCCAUCACCGAAGCUCCCGGGCGCCCUCGGCAUCGGCGGCAUGGCCGGCGCGCCGCUGCACCCCCUCGCGCUCGGCAACGUGGCCACGCUACGGCGGCUGCUGGAUGCGGAUGUGCGGACGCGGCAUGUGGCUCUGAUUGGGGUCGGUGGUGUUGAGGAUGCAGCUGGGUACCGCCGAAUGCGGGCUGUGGGCGCGGUGGCGGUGGGGGAUGACGCGACACCACUGCAUCGAUGCCGCACGUUUGACGAGGCAGUAGCGCAGGGCCAUCUCGCGUCGAUUCUCGCAACUCAGCCCUCGUAUGAGGAAAGGGGUGUCGCGGGGACCCUGAGGUCCGGAUACCAUGCGUGCCGAGCAAAGACACAGCGGUUCUUCCGAUCCAAGACGAAGCAUUGGCUGAUCCUGACGAUGAUCAUCCUCGACAUCGCGGACAUUCUCACCGAUGUCUUCAUCGCGCUUAUCACCUGCGAGCUGCGAAGAGAAGACGAGCCGUGGGUGGCGCCGACGAGAGCUGCCUUGGCAUACUUCGCGAGUACGUUGGGUCGCCUCUUCGUGGUCGAACUGAUACUCUCCGUCUUCGCCGACGGCCUGGAGUUCUUCUACAACUGGUCCCACUGCUUCGACGCCUUGGUCAUUGUGCUAGGCUUUGCCGUUGACCUGCUGGAACACAACGUCACGGGAGAGAUAGUUUCUCUGAUCGUCAUACUACGGCUGUGGCGGUUCUUCAAGAUCGUCCAGGACUUUUGGGGCGAGCAGGCCGAGCAGACGGAGGAGUUGCGCAAGCGGGUCGAGGACCUGGAGAAGCGCAAUGCGGAUCUGGAAGCGCAGCUUAUGAUAUGA